GGGGUCCGCGGGAGGGUCUCCCCGCUCCUCCCUAGGCCCCCUGCCCUGGCCGCAGCCCGCGCUCCCCCCUGAAGGCUGCGAGCUCACGAGCCCCGCGGGCGGCGGCGGCGGCCGACUGACAUGCCCCGGACGCGGCUGAGGCCGGCGGGCAGCCCGCGGGGGCGAUGAGCCGCUGAGGCCGCUGAGCAGCCGGGCGGCGGGGCGUCGCGCACCUUCCUCUCCCCCCUCACUUGGCCAGUCCGCUCGGGAGACCGGGAGGAAACGGUCUCUGGCCUGUCGGGAGGACCAUUGGUGCUGCAGUGGAAGCCAGCGGCUAAAUCUCGUGUAUGGCGUGGUUAAGGUUGCAGCCUCUCACCUCUGCCUUCCUCCAUUUUGGGCUGAUUACUUUCGUGCUCUUCCUGCAUGGUCUUCGGGCAGAGGCUGGUGGCUCAGGGGAGGUGCCCAGCACAGGGCAGAACAAUGAGUCCUGUUCAGAAUCAUCGGACUGCAAGGAGGGCGUCAUCCUACCAAUCUGGUAUCCGGAGAACCCUUCCCUUGGGGACAAGAUUGCCAGGGUCAUUGUCUAUUUUGUGGCCCUAAUAUACAUGUUCCUUGGGGUGUCCAUCAUUGCUGACCGCUUUAUGGCAUCUAUCGAAGUCAUCACUUCUCAAGAGAGAGAGGUGACUAUCAAAAAGCCCAAUGGAGAGACCAGCACGACGACGAUUCGGAUCUGGAACGAAACUGUCUCCAACCUGACCCUGAUGGCCUUGGGUUCCUCUGCUCCCGAGAUCCUUCUGUCUUUAAUCGAGGUGUGUGGUCAUGGGUUCAUUGCUGGCGAUCUGGGACCUUCUACCAUCGUGGGUAGUGCAGCCUUUAACAUGUUCAUCAUCAUUGGCACCUGCGUCUACGUGAUCCCCGACGGAGAGACACGCAAGAUCAAGCACCUGCGAGUCUUCCUCAUCACUGCCGCUUGGAGCAUCUUCGCUUACAUCUGGCUCUAUAUGAUCCUGGCGGUCUUCUCCCCUGGCGUGGUUCAGGUUUGGGAGGGCCUUCUCACUCUUUCCUUCUUUCCAGUGUGUGUCCUUCUGGCCUGGGUGGCAGAUAGGCGACUGCUCUUCUACAAAUACAUGCACAAAAAGUACCGCACAGACAAACACCGAGCAAUUAUCAUAGAGACAGAGGGCGACCACCCCAAGGGCAUUGAGAUGGACGGGAAAAUGAUGAAUUCCCACUUCCUGGAUGGGAACCUGGUGCCCCUGGAAGGGAAGGAAGUAGAUGAGUCCCGCAGGGAGAUGAUCCGGAUUCUCAAGGAUCUGAAGCAAAAGCACCCAGAGAAGGACGUAGAUCAGCUGGUAGAGAUGGCCAAUUACCAUGCUCUUUCCCAUCAACAGAAGAGUCGUGCCUUCUACCGGAUCCAGGCUACCCGUAUGAUGACCGGCGCGGGCAAUAUCCUGAAGAGGCAUGCAGCAGAACAAGCCAAAAAGGCCUCCAGCAUAAGCGAGGUGCACACCAGUGAGCCUGAGGACUUCGUCUCAAAGGUCUUCUUUGACCCGUGCUCUUACCAGUGCCUGGAGAACUGUGGGGCUGUACUCCUGACCGUGGUGAGGAAAGGGGGGGACAUGUCCAAGACCGUGUACGUGGACUACAAAACAGAGGACGGCUCUGCCAAUGCAGGGGCUGACUAUGAGUUCACAGAGGGCACUGUGGUUCUGAAGCCAGGAGAGACCCAGAAGGAGUUCUCGGUGGGCAUCAUCGAUGACGACAUUUUUGAGGAGGACGAACACUUCUUUGUGAGGCUGAGCAACGUCCGCAUAGAGGAGCAGCUGCCGGAGGAGGGAAUGCCCCCCCUAGUACUCAACAAUCUGCCAGUGCCUCGGGCCAUCCUGGCAUCCCCUUACGUGGCCACGGUCACCAUCCUGGAUGAUGACCAUGCGGGCAUCUUCACUUUUGAAUGUGACACUAUUCGUGUCAGUGAGAGUAUUGGUGUCCUGGAGGUCAAGGUUCUGCGGACAUCAGGUGCCCGGGGCACAGUAAUCGUCCCCUUUAGGACCGUAGAGGGGACAGCCAAGGGUGGUGGAGAGGAUUUUGAAGACACGUACGGGGAGCUGGAGUUCAAGAAUGAUGAAACUGUCCAAACAAUUCACAUCAAGGUAAUUGAUGAUGAGGCGUAUGAGAAAAACAAGAAUUACUUCAUUGAGAUGAUGGGCCCCCGCAUGGUGGAUAUGAGUUUUCAGAAAGCGCUCCUGUUGUCUCCAGAGGUGACAGACAGGAAGCUGACUGUGGAGGAAGAGGAGGCCAAGAGGAUAGCAGAAAUGGGAAAGCCAGUACUGGGCGAACACCCCAAACUAGAGGUCAUCAUUGAAGAGUCCUUUGAGUUCAAGAAUACGGUGGACAAACUGAUCAAGAAGACAAACCUGGCCAUGGUUGUGGGGACCCAUUCCUGGAGGGACCAGUUCAUGGAGGCCAUCACUGUCAGUGCAGCAGGGGACGAGGAUGAGGAUGAGUCAGGGGAGGAGAGGCUGCCAUCCUGCUUUGACUAUGUCAUGCACUUUCUGACGGUCUUCUGGAAGGUGCUGUUUGCCUGCGUGCCCCCCACAGAGUACUGCCAUGGCUGGGCCUGCUUCGUUGUGUCCAUUCUGAUCAUUGGCAUGCUUACAGCCAUAAUCGGGGACCUGGCCUCCCACUUCGGCUGCACCAUUGGCCUCAAGGACUCAGUCACGGCUGUCGUUUUUGUGGCAUUUGGCACCUCUGUGCCAGACAUGUUCGCCAGCAAAGCCGCCGCCAUCCAGGAUAUGUACUCGGAUGCCUCCAUCGGCAACGUCACGGGCAGCAACGCCAUCAACGUCUUCCUGGGCAUCGGCCUGGCCUGGUCCGUGGCCGCCAUCUACUGGGCCCUGCAGGGACAGGAGUUCUACGUGUCCGCCGGCACGCUGGCCUUCUCGGUCACCCUCUUCACCAUCUUCGCGUUCGUGUGCAUCAGCGUGCUCCUGUACCGCCGGCGGCCGCACCUGGGCGGGGAGCUGGGCGGCCCUCGCGGCUGCAAGCUGGCCACCACGUGGCUCUUCGUGAGCCUGUGGCUCCUGUACAUCCUCUUCGCCACGCUGGAGGCCUACUGCUACAUCAAGGGCUUCUGAGCCGCGGGGCGGGGCCUCCUGCUGCACCAGGGGCUUCGGAGCCGCGGGGCGGGGCCUCCUGCUGCACCAGGGGCUUCUGAGCCGCGGGGCGGGGCCUCCUGCUGCAUCAGGGGCUUCUGAGCCGCGGGGCUGGGCACCGCAGCGCACGCCUCGGACUUCUCCUAAGAGAAGGGCACUUGGCCACCGGGACCUCGCCGGGGGGAGCAGCCCACAGAGGCGGCGUCAGGGCUGGAGCCCCAGGAACCUCACCGACCUAGGCUCCCCGCCCCCCGCAGUGGGACUGAAAGGGCAGAGUCUUAACCAAUCAGAGUGGAGGCAACUCCCACUUUGCAAAAUAUUUAAUUCAAUACAAAACAACAACAGCAACUAAUCCACCUCCACCCCGUCUUCCCACCCGUGUCCCUGACCCACGGCAGAAGCCAGACCCUUCCACCGCCUUCUGGAUUAUUCCUUUGCUGCUUCUCCUUCCCUGGGGCCAGGGCUUCCGCUGUCCGCCGGUGCGGCACGUCCCCACUCUAUCCUGCAGCUGGCGAGGGUGGAAGUGAGUCCUAUCCACACACACCCCUGCCCCAGGCCGCUUUCCAGUUCUCCUUCCGUAGCCAUUACUGCGCUAGCUUUCCCAUGAGGUGUCACUCAUUGUUCGUUUCGUCUUUUCUUUCUGAAGUCAGUAACGAAGGUGCUGUGAAGGAACUCACGGUGGGAGCGGACAGGGACAGGUAGAGGCGAGGAUGCUCAGCCGCACCCUCUCCCCCUCUCCCUGGGUAACAGCUGUCUCUUGGCUCCAGCGCCGUCAGCCACCCCCCUUCCCCCCCCCCCCGCUUUUCUUCUCAGUGGGAGAGGGACGGCGUUUGGGUGGAAGUGAGUGUGCACACCCACGUGGCGCUCUGAAGAACGGGGCUGGGGCUGGGGCGGGAGGAGCUUUAUAUGCUUAUGUCCAAAUCCAGUUUAAAACAAAAAGUCAUGGUUCCCUCCCCUGCCCUUUCCAAUUUCUUCUGUCCGUCUGGCUGUGGCCGUAUCUAUACGUUUAUCCUUCUGCAGGAAGACCCACCCCAUGGGAGACAGGGGACAGAAAUAGGAAUGGUAGGUGAUGACAAAGGCAUAGAUGGCUUCUUGAGUAUCUUUGGCUUCCAAUCUGAGGCCGAGAAGAGCUGUCCACAUCGUGAGAUCUUUAAGGGGAAAGAUUAUAUUUAAAAUGUCAGUGCUCUGGGGAAAUUUCAGCUUCACUACCCCCUCUCUGUCUAAUGUGCCACUCCAGAAGAGGUCUGACUGUAUUUCUAGAGGUAAUGCAACAACUGAGAGGUUGAUAAGAAAACCAGGGGCUCCUUCCACCUCUCCUGGACCCUCAGGUCACGUUUGAAAGCAUUUUCACAAAACAGGAACUAGAAUUUCUCAUCCCUCCCACAUUCCUGCUUGUUUUCAAACCUCAUGAAGCUCUUUUUCCAGCCUGUGGGCUAUUUCUUGCCCCAGUAAAGAGGAAUCUUAGUUGCUAUCACCCCACAGAGCCUGGGUUUAUAGAAAAAGAGAUUGCUGUGGCCUACAGACCUUUUCCCAACAAAUUUGGAAAGGACCUGGCUUUAAAACACACAUGCUUGUGCGUGCGCGCACACACAAACACACGUAUGAAAUCAUCACAAAACUGCCCACAGAUCUUUAGGCUUUCCGCAUUGACAUAAAUACAUUUUUUAAGGGAAAAAAGAGAAAUUAAAAAACACCUGUUUAAUUUUAAACACAUUUUUUUAAGAAAAAAAUAAACUAAAAAAGAAACAGUGCUCAUGUCAUAAGCUAUGUUGACAGUUGCCAGUGGAAAUGUUGGGUUGGUUUAAAAAAAAAAUAAAAGCUCUACUUAA